UAGUUGCGUGUAACCAUAGUAAUCUUCGGUGUCGAUACAAAAACUCAUUGCAAUAAUAUGUCCCGUCUGGUGAGUUACUCAAGUUCAGAUUCUUCGGACGAAGAAGAACACAAAGAUACAAUAGUUUCAUCAAAUGAAGUUUCUGUUACAAAAAGGGAAAAGUUACCCCUACCAGCUGAAGUGGCAGGCCUGUUCAUUGAUAGGUCAGUGCAGUCUAAAGACAAUCCUGCAGAACACAGUGGUCGUCUGCGGUCAUUCAAGCAUGAAGAAGGAAACUGGGCUACAUUGGUGUAUGCACUUUACAGUGGUUGUGAAGAGGACCAUUUCGCACGCCUGCAAUCUGAGCUUUUCCGAUGCCUGCGUCCACUUGAGUUUCAGCCGAUGGAGGAUUACCACAUGAGUCUGUCAAGGACUGUCACGCUACGACACCACUGGAUAGAGGAUAUGAGAGAGAUGCUUCGAACAUCAUUUGCUGAGCAACCUUCUUCUUGCUGUGAGGUAUGUGGACUUGCUGUUUUGUCCAAUGAUGAAAAAACAAGAUCAUUUCUUACGCUGACUGUGAGUUGUGCAGACGACGUUCUGGAGUCAUACACAUCUGCAGUUGACAAAUGCUUCAAGGAGUAUAACUUGCCCCCUUACUACAAGCCUCCACUGUUUCACAUCAGCAUUGGUUGGUGUCUGGGAGAUGUAACUAACCUGGUAUCUAUGCAAACCAAACACAGAAUGCAGGACAUCUUAAACACAGCACUAAGUGAGGACGAGGAGCUGCAGUAUUUUCGUGUUGACACGGUCUCCAUGAAGGCUGGCAAUAAAUUGUUCACUUUUCACACCAGUGCGAAGAGAAGUUGUGAAAAAACAAGUGGUUUGGGUUUCACUUAGAGUGAAUUGAUUUCAGACUAUUCUGAAAUUUGUUGUAUUGUAUGGGUUUUUUUACAUUAAAUAAAAUAUAAUUUAAAAAAUGAACAAUAUUAAAUUAUAAUUAUUGUUAAAAUAAAUAAAAAUGAAUAAAUAAGCACACCUUAUAAAAGCAUCAAUUAAAGUUUAUCUAUAUCACCAAAAGUGUGUAUGUGGGUACGAAAAAAAAUUGGGAAUGAAAAAUAUUUGGGUACGAAACAUUUUGGAUACGACAAAAAUUGGGGGCACGGGGAAGUAGUACCCGUGGGGAACUUGACCCAUGCAGCGAAACUGGGAGACAGGUUAUAUUCAGGGGUGUCAAUUGGCCAAAAUCUAAAAUCCUGAAAAUAAGCCUAUCGUUUGGGGGCUAGAGCAAAAAAGGGUUAAUAAUUCAUGUAACUUUGUUAACUAGUGUUUAUAACUUUGUAAACAAUAUGUCAAAGUAAAAUAAUUUGUGUUUAAGAUAACAUUUUGUGACAAUAAUCUUAAAAUUCCAGAAAAAAAAUCCUCUGAUUUAUAUCAAAAUUGGUCCUUAAGGGCCAAAAUCCUGAUUUCAGGAAUAAUCCUGAACUUUGACACCACUGUAUAUUCUUAAUCGAAUCUAACAAGAAAUAUGUUUAAAAAGAUAAUGGGCGUGUAUUUUUCUGUACCACUUUUCGUAAAAACUUUCUAUUACAAUAAAAUGUUUGUGGGUUAUAAAAAUUACGUUUCAGCAGAUAUGUACAAAACAUGGCAUGAUCGUUAAUAACACUUGUACAUCAUACCCUACCUUUAUUUCAUUGUUAAGUUCUUAAUUUAAUAAUGUUAUAUGUACGGACAUGAUUUCACAUGCCCAUGGACAUGGAUAUAUGCUUUUUUCCUGUUGAAUAUUGUUUGUUAAUUUAAGUUCAAUACGCAUAGGCAUGUUUGUUCAUUAAGUAUGGCAAUACUUUCAUGAUGAUUCUCGAAAGUAGGUAUGAGCAUAAGCCGGACCAGGUGAGCUCAAUAGUAAGAGCACUUGACUAUCUUAGUUCGCCCAGGAACAUAUGGAAAAGCUAACUAACCAACGCGAUAUGACCUUAUACAUGUAUAUGCUGAAAUCUAACAAACGAACGAAUUAUCAAACAUGGUAUGUACACUUAGGUGGUUGUGUAAUUUCUGUUAGAAUAUCGUAUUAAAUAUAUAAAUUUAAAAUGAUUGUGCCUG